UACGACAACUUUCUGAAGCCAUGGCACCCCUUUCUGAAGAAGAAGAAAAGUAUGUCCGCCUAGCCUUGUUAUUGAAAGGAGUGACACCUAGAGCAGUCCGUACUUAUUUUGACAGAGAAUUUCCACCUACGUAUCUACCAUCAACGCUGAAUACAAACUACAACACUCUUUGGGACUUGAAAUUAAAAAGAAUCAUUAAUCAGACUCAAUGGAAUCUUUUGAUUCCAAGAAAUGGGAUUCCGGAUUCUAAAACAUUCGAUGUAACGUUGAUGAUCUGUUUAAUCAGAAACUUGACAACUAUCAAUCCACCAAUCAAUGGAUUUGACAGUCUACCACUACCAGGGGAGACAACUCCAGGAUCUGAUUUAGCCAGGAUAAAAUAUAAUAGGAAUAAACUAGCUCAUCAUGAUAAUAAUACAAUAGACACUGCCUAUUUCUAUACGGUAUGGACAGAUAUAUCAAAUGCUGUAGGUCGAUUGGGAGGUCAAACCAUGUACCAAGAGUGUCAAGAGUUAAAACUGAAAAUCUUAGACCAGUCUAAUCAGGAUAUUAUGUUGGAAAUCAAGCAAUCAGUUGGAGAGAUAAAAGAACUGAAACAAACAACAUACAACUUGAGGAAGAAACAGUCAAAAGUGACAGGAGAGCUCAGAAAGUUACAAUCUUUGCAUGGUACAUUAAAGACUUCCCACAAUCAAUUUCUAAAACAAAUAGCAGACUGGAAAAAGAAGGAUACUAUGUUUGUGUCUACGAGAGCCAGUGAUUAUGUCAUGGAAUGUUUACAGGACAACAGUUGUGUAACUUUAACUGCCCCAUCAGGAGCAGGGAAAUCUUUUAUUGCAAGACACACAGCGCUAACUCUACAGAAAGCAGGAUACAAAAUAGUUCCCGUGAUACAACCGGAUGAUAUUAGAAAUUAUUAUAAACCUGGUGAACAGACAGUUUUCAUUGUAGAUGACAUUUGUGGAAAUUUCACUGCCAACCAACAACAGAUUGAUACCUGGAAACAACUGUUACCUGUAGUUGACACAAUUAUUGCAGAUACAUGUUGUAAGAUUCUUGUAUCAUGUAGGUUACAAGUAUAUAAGGAUGAUAAGUUUAAUACUUUAUUACCUUUUAAAUUUUGUGAAUGUAACUUGAUAUCAGAUAAACUAUGCCUUACAUCUAAAGAAAAAAAUAGUAUAGCAAGUAAAUAUAUUGGUUCAGGAUUAGCCGAUCUUGAUGAGGUAUCAGAACAUAGUGAUUUUUUUCCUCUUUUGUGCUCUUUAUAUAAUGAGGAAAAACAUGGAAAUGUGAACACUUUUAUCAAAAAUCCAUAUAUUUUCUAUGAAAAUGAAAUAGACAGUUUAAGUAGGCAAGGUGAUGAGGGGAAAUCUAAAAAAUGCAGUCUAGCUUUAUUAGUUAUUUUCAAUAAUCACCUGAGAGAGAAAUGGUUCAAGGGUAGAAUUACAAACGAUCAAACAAAUAUCAUAAAAGACACAUGUGAGGCUUGUGGUAUCAACAGCAUUCCAAAGGCAAAUCUAAAGACAGAACUUGACACUCUAGUUGGAACAUUUAUCUCUAAACAGGAUGGUAUUUACAGAACAAUACAUGAUAAAUUGUUUGACAUCCUUGCCUAUUACUUUGGUCCGAAAAUCAUAGAAUGUUUAAUAGAACAUGGUGAUAGUGAGUUAGUACAUCAACGUUUUAUUUGGCAGAAAUCACCAGAUGACGAGAACAGUAACAUAGACUUCAUUAUUGAAAUACCAGAUGAUCAUUUAGAAUUAUAUUUAGAAAGGUUUAUCAAGGACUGGUUAGCAGGAAAGGUUGCAGUUGUGUUCAGUAACAAUAAUAUGAAAAUAUCAUCAUUCAGACAACAGUUAAUACAGUACUUACAGUAA